AUGUUAAAAAUGUAUUCAAAUCAUUUGUAUAAAUUUCUUGUAUUACUUUCGAUAGCGUCGUGCGAUGAGUGUUCAAAAUAUAAAGUGACCGACCAAAUUUAUUUUGACGUCAAAAUGGAUAACAGGCUCUUAGGACGAAUAGUUUUUGGUUUAUUUGGAGAGGUAGCACCAAUCACCUGCGAAAAUUUCAAAGAAAUUGCAAUAAACGGAAUCAAUGGAAAAUCUUACUUGGGCACUAGAUUCCACACAGCAAUCGAAAGGGUUAUGAUACAAGGAGGUGAUAUUGUCAAUGAUAAUGGUACUGGAUCAAUGAGCAUUUAUGGAAAAUAUUUCGAGGAUGAAAACUUCAUAAUAAAAAAUGAUUCUCCUGGAUUGUUGAUGAUGGCGAAUGAAGGUCCAGAUACCAAUGGCUGUCAAUUUAUGAUAACCACGAUGCCAAUGCCGUGGCUCGAUGGAAAGAACGUAAUUUUUGGAAAGGUUCUCAAUGGCGCAGGAGUUGUUCACAAAAUAGAGCACUUGAAGACUGAUAUAAACGAGAAAAUACUAAACCAUGUCUGGAUAUCAAAGGUUGGAUCAAUCGACACUGUACCAUUUUAUGAAGCAUCGAAAAACUAUGAACAAACAAUAUGGGCUUGGCUGAAAGCUGGACUCUUUCCAUUGAGCAUAUCAUUAUCUGUUAUGGCUUGCUUUCAAUAUUUUUUCAACCAAUUGAGUAAGGCGAGCUCACCUGGUGAAUAG